AUGCGUGGUGCCGAGACUGGUCACGCCCAUGGAUCGGACCAUGUCCUCGUCCGUACACGCCUGAAAGUUCAUCUCUCAUCCGCGCCAAAAAUGCCACGUCCUAAACGCCUCGAUGUCGCAAAAAUCCGGCAAGCCAGCACUACCGAGGCCCUAAGCAGAGAAAUCCGGACCUGUUUUACGACCCGAGCCGACGGAGAAGUCAGUAACCAGUGGUCGUCACUGAAGACAUCAGUCUAUGGGGCAGCUGAGAAAAUCCUUGGAUACACCCAGCGACCCCGCGGUGACUGGAUCAGCGGAAGAACCCUGCAGUUGUCUGCUCAGACGGCUAGAGCCAGGUCCCGCAACGAUGACUACUUCCGCCAACUUCGGAAGAUGACGGCAAAAUCGGCCAGGGAUGACCGGAAGCAAUAUUGGGCUGAAAUAGCGACCUCCAUGGAACAGCCCUCGAUAAUUGGCGACACUCGAAAGCUCUACCAUCUGAUCCGCCAAGUUAGCGAUAAGCCCUCUACACUGAGUGACUCUGUUCGCGAUGUGAACGGCGGCAUUAUUGUUGACAACUCGGCCAAAGUUGAGCGCUGGCGUGAGCACUUUGAGCACCAUCUAAACUUCGAUACCCAACCUACCUCGUCCUUGCUCUCCUCCUCAGCGGAGUUUCUUCCCUCUCCUACCUAUGCAGUGUCAUGA